CCCAAGGCUGCCAGGAUUGCACAUCCUGUCUUUAUUCCUGACUUUGAAAUGGAGAACGUCAAUGUGAGUCCUCCACACUGAAUCACCAUGUGUUGCCCAAAGCUCAAUUAUUAUAGCUAAUGGCAGAAGCUAUCAGAGUUGUCAGAUUCGUAUUUAGCCAUCUGACUGAAUGAGCACUGUUUAGCUAGGCUUGGUGGAGGGACACCAAACAGUGUUUUUUAAGGGCCAGAUCUAGUUUGAUAGCUAGCAUUGUAUAAUUGUGAUUCGCACAGAAUAUGGCAAGGAAUCAAAGCUGAUAUAACCUCUCAGAGUCCACUAGUUUGAAGACUACUAACUCCACCUCUCCUACUUCCCCUGCUUCCAAGGAGCAAAGAUGGGGCUGUGGCUUUCUUCAUGGCUUGUUCUUCUAUGGUUUGCAAGCUCCGUGAGUCCUUCUUGGGCAGUUCCAGCAAACACAUCUUCCUUUUUUUCCUUCAAGGAUAACUUUGAUAUAAUGUGGGCAGAAGACCAUUUCAAGACAUCACCUGAUGGGCAACUGUGGUACCUCUACUUGGACAAGAAAACAGGUUGUGGGUUCCAAACGCGACAGAGGUACCGGUUUGGGUGGUACAGCAUGAAGCUGAAGUUGGUGGGCGGUGACUCUGCUGGAGUUGUCACUGCUUAUUAUAUGUGUUCAGACUUGGGAGCAGGGCCAGAUAGAGAUGAACUGGAUUUUGAGUUCUUGGGGAACAGGACAGGGCAGCCAUACACCAUGCAGACCAAUGUGUACAAGAGUGGUGUUGGUGGGAGAGAGAUGAGGCAUAUGCUGUGGUUUGAUCCCACUGAGGACUUUCACAGCUAUUCCAUCCUCUGGAACAGUCACCACAUUGUGUUCUUCGUGGACAGAGUUCCCAUAAGAGUUUACAGGAACACUGACAAGCCAAAUAACUUCUUUCCAAAUGAGAAGCCCAUGUAUAUGUUCUCAAGCAUCUGGAAUGCUGAUGACUGGGCAACAAGGGGAGGCCUCGAGAAGACGGAUUGGAAGAAUGCGCCAUUUGUUUCUUCCUACAAGGACUUCCAUGCAGAUGGUUGCCAGUGGGAGGAUCCAUACCCAGCCUGCGUCUCCACCACCGCUGAGCACUGGUGGGACCAGUAUGAGGCCUGGAGCCUUACUGAUGGCCAGCAUGAGGAUUUUAGCUGGGUUGGGAGGAACCUCGUCACAUAUGACUACUGCAAAGACUACGAAAGAUAUCCCACGCUGCCCGAGGAGUGUAAUAUAUAAGAAGCUCUCCAUCACAUGAAAAGGAAAGAAUGGUUCCGUUUAGGUUUUAAGCAUGGUAUAGAUGAUCUUGUCAUAUUU